CACGACAAAUACAAAUGUCAAAGUUUUUCGACCUCGCUAGUUUUUCUUUCUGUGAUAAAAAAUCGUAGCUUUUAAUUUUUUUCAUUGAACUUGUGAUGUGGCCUUAAAAACGAUAAACCAUUUGUCUGCAUAUUAUUUUAGAAUGUGUAUUGAGUGCGGUGUUACUGAGGUGAUUUUGUAUUUUUGUGUGCGGUUAAUGCAAUAGUGUCAUUGUGAGAUCACGAUGCGUAUCGGUUUCGUGUUAUAUUGGUGCGUAUUUGCUUUUCAUCUGUGUAAAGCGGAAGAUGUGGAGAAGACAGAGAAUAGAGACAGUGGCAGAAGGCAGCAGUGGGGUCCCGUGGUGCGGAGUGGGUCGUUUAUGAGCGACUCAGCGGUCGCAGCCUCCAACGAACAGAUAUUGUUUGAGGCGUGCCACAAUGAGCCCGCGUGUCUCCAGGACAAGGCUGGUCUCGAAGCCAUCACGCAGCUACACAGGCAGCUUGAUGACGACGCCAACGGCAAUGUUGACCUCAGCGAGAGUGAUGAUUUUCUUCGCGAGGAGUUGCAGUACGACAGCGGGUAUGAGAAGCGGCAGAGGGCGUUCCACCACAAUGAUGACAUGCACAUCUCCGUCAAGGAACUGUGGGAGGCGUGGCUACGAUCUGAGGUUCACAACUGGACGGUAGAGCAGACGGUGGAAUGGCUGUCUCAGUCCGUGGAUCUGCCCCAGUACAAGACUCUGUUCCUGCAGCACAAGGUCACCGGCGCUACCCUGCCCAGAUUAGCCGUAAACAACAUGCAGUACCUGAGCAACGUGUUGGGCAUCAAAGAUCCGAUUCACAAACAGAAACUUGCACUCAAAGCGAUGGACGUGGUCUUGUUUGGACCCCCUAAAGAAGGCAGUAGAUGGAAGGACUGGCUCCUCGCGUCGUUGCUGCUCGGUGCGGUGGUCGGUGGAUGGGCGGCCCUGCGCGCUGGUCGCGCCAGCCGGCACCAGGUCCAGCGCAUGCUCCGAGACAUGGAACAGCUCCGCAAAGCUGAGAUGGCCUUGAAUGAUAUGCAGAAGGAACUCGAGAAAGCUCGUCUGGAACAGGAAAAUGUGACGACGGAAAAAAAGAAUUUGGAAAAGAAGCUUAGAGAAGCGGGCGAUACACCUCUUCUGAACUCUGCGUCAUCUGACCUUGAAGUGACGCAGUUGAAGGCUGAGAUCGAGAUGUUACGUGCUGAGCUUCGUAGGGCUGAGGGUGAGUUGGAAGACAGAUGCUGGGCGCCUCCCCCUGGUCUCCAGCAGUGGCUGCAGUUGACGCAUGAGGUCGAGAACAGAGCCUACCUCCGCAAGAAGCAGCAAGCAGACUUGCAGUUGCAGCAAGCGAGAGAAGCAUGUGAAAAAUUACGGAAGAAGAGAUCUAGUUUGGUCGGCGCGUUUGUGUCGACGCAUGGGAAAUCCAUUGAUGACGUCGACCGGUCCAUUGUAGAAGCACGCACUGCACUGAACGAGGUCACUCAAGAAUUACAGGAACGCAUGCACCGAUGGAAACAGAUCGAGCGUAUGUGUGGGUUUAACAUAAUCAAUAACAACGGGCUGCAGUAUUUGGAGACGGCGCUCUACAGGAGUGCUAACGGCCGACCUACAGGAAGAGGUCGCAUCAGCAGUUCUCAAGAUGACCUGAGCAUCGGUGACGAUGCGUCAAUAUGCGGCUCAGUUGCUGAUAACUUCGUGUGGCGGGAAGACUCCUCGGGCAGCGAAGCGGACGCUCCACACUACCCACUAGACCUGAGACUCGCUGAGGCUCGAUUACAACUAGAAGAGCGUCUAGCUCAAGAAGCUCGCGAGCGGCGACAGGACGAGCGCAUAGAACGGCGCGCGGAAGAAAAGCGGGCCGCUCUAGAGGACUUCAGGGCGAGGACCUCUUACAACGACCUGCGGAAGACACCUGACGAUAGGAAUAAGGAUCAGGUGCAGUUCAUAUUGGGAGGGGAUAAUGUAAACUGGUCAGGCGAGCCAGAACUGCCGCGCAUAGCGGAGCUGACUCGCGCAGUGACGUCAGCAUCUCAGCCACAGCUCCGAGCCUCAGUCCGCGGGGCUCCGCUGCCGCCCCCGCGCCGUGUCCUGUCCUCGGUCGCAGCCCCCAUCGUACGCUCCCGUAGCACCGAUGUAGUACCACUGUCUGACGACCCUAGGCCUCCGCCCAGGAAUGCCUUCCCUAGGCCGAAGACGCUUGCUGAAGACGCCCCAACGCCUUCAAGCAACACGCCACCAGAAGAAGAAUCGACAGACUCCUCACUGAUGGACGACGAAGGUAUCCCCAAGCCUCGCAAGCGUCGCAUCCACCUCCCCUUCGGAAAGAAAGCCAAAACACCGGCGUGACGUCACCACCAACCUGCCCGGUGACACUUGACAAGCCAUCACUGACAUGGCGAAGCGUGUUUGGUAAUAAAACUGCCAUCUUACCUGUCCAGGUGAUACUACGAUAAUGCUUGAAAAGGUAAUGAGGUUUCUUGCUCGUCCUACUCCAUAGGAAGCGUAUUCGAGCAAGCAUCACUAAAGGACCGAUGACGUAUUCAGUUUGAGUUUCAAAAGUGCCUUUUGAAAUAGCAAUAAAUUAAUAAUAAGUUUUCCAACUUGUAGACUUUUUCGUUGAUUUUCUUCAGUUCAUCUGAACAGGUAAUUUGGUAGCUCUUUCAUUAUAAAAUUCAUGAUCUGUUUAAGUAUAAAAUAUGAAAGUUAUUCUCGUCAAUCGUAAGAUAUGUUUAACAGUUACUAUGGAAAGGAAACGUAUUAGUUAAUAAACAAAACGAAUACUUUUAGUGACACUUUAAAUAUUUAUUUAAAUCUAACUUAAACUUUCCUAUUUUGUACUUAAUACAAACCUUUGGCAAUAAAUCAUUCGUUCCCAAUAAAGUAGUUCUUCCUAUAAUAAUUUCUUGUAGGGUAAUAGAAAAAUAAUAAAUUACGCGGCCUAACACAGAAACGUAACGUUUCUUAGUAAACAAGUCAAUUGAUACACCAAGGGAUUUUGGUGGAGGCCAGUGAUGAUAUGUUAAUUACAAUUAACUCAGUUACUGAGGACGUUGUAGGAACGCCUAUAAGACCUACAUUUUAUUUAGGUCGUUUAGUAACUUUUUAGUCUUGUUUCAAGCCUUUUAAGGCUAGUUUUACAGUGUCUCUCGGAGUGGAAGCAUUACUAACAGUCAUUCAAAGAAGUAAUUGAAUAUAAUUCGGUACUCUAGUUGAAUAGAUACAUUGGUAAUAGCCGAUUAUGAAGUUUAUAUCACCAUAACCUAGAUAGCUAUCAAUAAAUAGCAACUCGGGCGCAUUUCACCCGCUCCUCUCAGCUCCUAUUGAUCGUAACAUUAUGUUUUAUAGCCUAUAAUCUUCCUCGACAAAUGGACUAUCCAACAAAAAAAAAUAUUUCAAAUUGAACCAUUAGUUCCAGAGAUUACUGCGUUCCAACAAAGUAUAUGAUUUAUAAGAGAGUGUAAAACUAGCCUUGAAUUAUCAACGACCGUAUAACCUAAUUACCUAUUUAGUUAAUUAUUAUUAUUUAAUAGUUCGCGCUUCGUCUUAGUUGUGCAUCAAUCUUGGUUGUAAUUUGACUGAGUGAUAUUCAAAUUGAUUUAUUCCCCACUAUAGUCCGCACGUUUGCUAGUUAAACUACACGUUUUGUAGUAUUCUUUCAUAUUUUGUAUUAUAUUUAUGUACUUAAAUGUCCCAUUUUUUCAAUCCGUUUUUUGAUAUUGUGUAAAAAUGAUUUUGUGAGGUUGUUUAUCCCUUUUGUUGUAUCAAAUCAGAUAUGUAAUAAUUAUGACAAUAUGAUUGUUUAAAGUAUGUAUAAUAAAGUUUUAAAGUAAGCGUCGUCAUCAGGCCCGCAUCGUACGAUGCGGAUUAGUGGACGCAGUUGUAUGAGUUUCUAUACUAGACAAACUAAAAUCCGUUGCGUGGGAUGCGGGCCUGUGGACGCUUACCUUUAGAAAUCAAAGUUACAAAGUGAAUAAUGAAAUUGUCAUUCAAAUAUGAACGGUUUUUAUGUUCGAUAGCUCACACGAGCUGUUGUUUAUUAUCAUAUUAUUUGAUGACUACUCACUAUCACAUAAAGAAUAUAUCUAUUAUGGUUGUGCAAUAAAUAUAAUUCAGGAACAUAAUAAUUUAUGUACAUUUGUAGUUACGAAAUACAGUUCAGUGUAAUACAUUGUUUCAUUGUAUGAAAGACAUUUUUUAUGUUUAGACGACUAGGCCAAUAAAUUGUUUUAUUAUUUAUUUUUUUAUUGUAAAAAGACAUUUUUAAGAAUAUUUUGUCCGUUUUUGGAAUGUUCUCUUGUGAAAACCAGUUCUCCUUGAAAAUCUCCAAUUUUGAUUUUGUAUUUUAUGUUAGAGGUCGGGCUGGGAAUCCUAAUUUUGUGCAAAUUUUAUUAUAGUUAGAUAUUGUGUAACAAAUCACCAAGUAAUGUAUUUUCACUCUAUUUUUAUAUACAUUAUCAUUUUUAUAUUUAUUUAUGACUGCCUAAUGCGUGUUUUCUUGCUUUUUAAUCCUGAUAUUAGAUUCCAAUGUGAAAUAUUUAAAUUAUAAUGAAUUAUUUCAUCUGUUGCAAGUUAGUUGUACAGUUAAUGCUACUUACAUAGAUCACUAAUUGUAAACUAAUCAUGUUUCCAUAUUGUUUUGUCUUAUAAUUCGCCGGAGUGUCGACUAGAUAUGAGCGCAGUUAUGUUGUGAUUGUUGUAAUGUUUACGGUGUUUCAGAAAACGUCACAUAUUUUAGAAUAGUCCUAAGGUAAACGCUGUAUUGACAGCCGCGACAUAGGCUGUGCCUAGUCCGGUUGCCACUGAGUAAACUGGAACAUGUUUACAUUGAACUGGUAAUAAAGAAUUUAUUUAUUUGUUAUUUAAAAUACGACAAACUACUGCUAUUAUCAAACAUAUAAAACAAUACAGUUUUGUAGUUACAAUAAAUACAAUAAUUUUGUAUUUUUUUAUAUAAGUAUUCAUUACGUUUUCUGAAACCCCGUGUUUGUAAAUCAUUUGCUAGUAUAAUAAACUAAUCGCAGUAUAAGUUACUAUUAACACGAGUUUACCAUAUCGCAUCAUUCCCUUUUUUUCGUAGAUGAUAGCGAUAUUAUCGACCUUUAGCUGUACGUGUAGAAUUAUUUGUAAGGCAACAUGGUGCUAGAUGAACAUUCUCAGACUGAACACCGCGCAUGGCUCAAAUUUUUGUAUGGAUUUUAUUAUUCUGCUCGUUACUAUGUAGUUUUGUACUAAAUUGUGACGUGAUGUUGCGUUUAGCUCCUGCCGUUAGUGAAAUAUAUCUAAUGUUAUCGUUGGCGUUACAAAUGAGCCCAAGUUCUGAUACAAAUUCAUUAUUUCAACUUGGCUCAAAUUUUCUAACGCCAAUGACAGUCAAUGAAAUCAGUAUCAUAAAUAGUUCAAGUAAUAUAAUGAAGCUAUACGUAAUAAUGUAUAUGUCCCAGUUGUGUCUACAUCGUGAAACAUUAAGGAAUUCGUACUUAAUGAAAUUAUAAUAGUGUAAUGCAGAAGUUGAGUACAAAAUUUGUUUGACAAGUGUUAACCAGCAACGCCUACAAGGUACACUUGCAUUAUGUUAAUUUUAACUUGGAUUUUAGAUGUAUUUUAAUUAGUUAAUUAUUGCGAUUUAUUUUAUGGCACCUAAUCCUGAGGAAGCAGUAAUCGACAUUAAAGUUAGCCAAUUAACACGAAGCAAUUAGCCUACUAUUGUAGGCCCGUACUUGCCACGUUGGAUGCCAUAAAAUAGAUCAGAUUUUCACGAAGUGUAUAUUUUGUAGACCCCAGAUCUGAUCGCGUUGUAAAGACAAAUCGUGAUAAAUAAAUUGUUACAAUCAUUGAAAGUUAAUAAAUUGAUAUUACAAAA